GCCGGGAGCGGGGCGAGGGCGGGGGCCACCAUUGCUCCCCGCGCCGGGCUCUGUGUCGCCGCCGUCGCUUCGGCGGUUGGGGAUCGGUGGGGCGGCGCGGGCGGGGGGCGCUGCGCGGGGCGGCUCGCCGCUGUUUUGUUUCCUCCUCUCCCAGUGGAGCGGCUCGGGCUGCCGGGGAGGCCCCGGCUCCCUCGGGACGCCCGGCCAACGGCGCCGGCGGUGCUAGUCCGCGGCCCUGCCGGGAGGGAAAGCAACGCUGUGGUCUUCCCAGGCGACGCGGAGAGCAGUAGUUCCAAAGAACUGCUGGUUUAUAUUUUAGCUCUUGCCAACUUGUGAAAAUAGUGAAGGAUGAUUACACUACUUAACAUUCAAAUUGCCCUCUGGUUAAUCAUCUUUAGAAGACUGGAUUUCUGGAUAUCUCCUUCACUCCAUGUCUAUUGACUUUUAGAACAUGAUAAUGCAAACUUGUAACACUGGAAGUCAUCUAUGAACCUUUAAAUUACAUUGAUUAAUAGCGUUUGAAGCUUCCUCAGGGAAUAACAAUGACAUCAGCAGUGGUUGACAAUGGAGGUUCUGUUUUGGAGCUUUCCAGCAAUGGAGUAGAAAAUCAAGAGGAAAGUGAAAAGGUUUCUGACUAUCCAGCAGUGAUUGUGGAGCCAGUUCCAAGUGCCAGAUUAGAGCAGGGCUAUGCAGCCCAGGUUCUAGUCUAUGAUGAUGAGACUUACAUGAUGCAAGAUGUGGCAGAAGAACAAGAAGUUGAGACCGAGAAUGUGGAAACAGUGGAAGCAUCAGUUCAUAGCAGUAAUGCACACUGUACAGAUAAGACAAUUGAAGCUGCUGAAGCCCUGCUUCAUAUGGAAUCUCCUACCUGCUUAAGGGAUUCAAGAAGUCCUGUGGAAGUGUUUGUCCCUCCUUGUGUAUCAACUCCAGAAUUUAUCCAUGCUGCUAUGAGGCCAGAUGUCAUUACAGAAACUGUAGUGGAGGUGUCAACUGAAGAAUCGGAACCAAUGGAUACCUCUCCUAUUCCGACAUCACCAGAUAGCCAUGAACCAAUGAAAAAGAAAAAAGCUCAAAGGGCUUCGCAGAUAAUCAGAUCCUCUGCAAUAGUUGGCCGUAAACCAAAGACCCAGCAAUCACCAAUUUCCAAUGGGUCUCCUGAGUUAGGUAUAAAGAAGAAACCCAGAGAAGGAAAAGGAAACACAACCUAUUUGUGGGAGUUUCUUUUAGAUCUACUUCAAGAUAAAAAUACUUGUCCUCGGUAUAUUAAGUGGACUCAGAGAGAAAAAGGCAUAUUCAAGCUUGUGGAUUCAAAGGCUGUCUCUAAACUUUGGGGAAAGCAUAAGAACAAGCCAGAUAUGAACUAUGAAACUAUGGGACGAGCUCUGAGAUACUAUUACCAAAGGGGUAUUCUUGCAAAGGUUGAAGGACAGAGGCUUGUAUAUCAGUUCAAGUAUAUGCCCAAAAACAUAGUAGUCAUAGAUGACGACAAAAGUGAAACUUGUAAUGAAGAUUUAGCAGCAGCUACUGAUGAAAAAUCAUUAGAACGAGUGUCACUGUCUGCAGAGAGUCUCCUGAAAGCAGCAACCUCUGUUCGUGGUGGAAAAACCUCAUCUCUGAACUGCUCCAGGACAGAGAAGGGUGUAGCUAGAGUUGUGAACAUCACCUCCCCUGGUCAUGAUACUCCAUCCAGGUCUCCUACUACUACCACAUCUGUGUCAGCAACAGCAGCUCCAAGGACAGUUCGUGUGGCAAUGCAAGUACCUGUUGUAAUGACAUCGUUGGGUCAGAAAAUCUCGACUGUGGCAGUUCAGUCAGUUAAUGCAGGUGCACCGUUAAUAACCAGCACUAGUCCAACAACGGCAACCUCUCCAAAGGUAGUUAUUCAGACAAUCCCUACUGUGAUGCCAGCCUCUUCCGAAAAUGGAGACAAAAUCACCAUGCAGCCUGCCAAAAUUAUUACCAUCCCAGCUACACAACUUGCACAGUGUCAACUGCAGACAAAGUCCAAUCUGACUGGAUCGGGAAGCAUUAACAUUGUUGGAACCCCGCUGGCUGUGAGAGCACUUACCCCCGUUUCUAUAGCUCACGGUACACCUGUAAUGAGACUAUCAGUGCCUACUCAGCAGGCGUCUGGCCAGACUCCUCCGCGAGUUAUCAGUGCGGUCAUAAAAGGGCCAGAGGUAAAGUCAGAAGCAGUAGCAAAAAAGCAGGAACACGACGUGAAAACUUUGCAGCUGGUACAAGAAGAAAAGCCAGCAGAUGGAAAUAAGACAGUGACCCACGUAGUGGUUGUCAGCGCGCCUUCAGCUAUCGCCCUUCCUGUAACUAUGAAAACGGAAGGACUAGUGACAUGUGAGAAAUAAGACAGCAGCUCUACCGGGGACUUUAGACGCAAUGUUAGUGAUAGUACUAACAUAAAUGUUUGCAAGGGAGGUCAUCAAGCAAAGUCAAAAGACUUUAAAACCUUUUUAAUGCAUAUAAGAAAACAAUCAGACUUACU